GUAAACAAAAUUUGUCUGGUUUUAUUUUUCUCCUAAAGCAUCCAAUUAUACUUCUUACCUUCGCGGGAAAAAAACAAAAUAAUGGAUUCCUGUUUGUUGUGUUUAGAAUUUAAUAAAGAUUUCCUGGAUUUUAUUCAGGUUAAUACAAUGCGAUGGCAAGAGCUUGAAAUAACAAAAAUCCUAGAGAAACAUUUCUGGUCACUGAGGACUAUACAAACGGGCACUUGGUUAUGUCUAACCUGCUGGAAAGAAUUGGACAGUUUUCACAAAUUCUAUUUGCGCAUAGAAGAGGCUCAUAUAAAUUUUGGAAAAGUAAACCUUGACAAGGAAUUUAAAGAAGAAAAUGUUAUGGAAAAUUUGGCAGCUAGUUGUCUUGAGCCGGAAAUUUUAAUAGAACCGAAUGCUCAAGAGAUUUUGGAAGAUGAAGAGACAACUUGUAUAAAAUCUAAUAAUAAACUAGAUAGUGGAAAAAAUCUAUUAAACAAUGAUCCUUUAGAGAAAGUUGUAGUUAUUAAAACCAAAAAUAAAAGGAAUUUAAUAAAUAAAACUAAAACCGAAAUAAAAUCAGAACUACACCAUUCUUCAGAUAGUGCAAGUGAUCGAGAGGAAGACAAUAAUAGCCAGGAAUCAAGUAAAGAGGCUAAGCAAAAGAUGGAACGUUUAAAUCGUAAAGAAACAGAUAAAUUUAUAGCUGAAAACUUUGAGCAAAUGUUCUGUGAUCUUUGCGGUGUUCCAUUUGAAAAUUUCAGCUCCAUGCAAAAACAUUUCUCCAGAAAACAUGAACGAAAAGGUUAUCUUCUUUGCUGCAACCGAAAAUUCUAUGAACGUAAUAAUUUAGUGGAUCAUUUGCAAUGCCAUCUGAAUCCCGAUUAUUUUAAGUGUACUCAAUGCGGCAAAAUUCUGUCGGAUCGGAAAAAUUUUAAAAGUCACCAGCUGCGUGUACAUCGACCAAAUGAUGUUGUUUUAAAGCAUUCCUGUGACAUCUGUGGUAAGUCUUUUACCCAAGGCUAUGUUUUGCGCACUCACAAACUGACACAUUUGCCCAAAGAAGAGAAAAAGUUUCCCUGCACAGAAUGUGGUAAAUUUUACGGCAAUUCCUAUUUACUAAAAAUACACACCGAAGUUGUGCAUUUAAAAAAACAGGCCAAAGUCUGUUAUAUUUGUGGCAAAACAUUGGGUACCAGCACUGAGUACAAAACUCAUAUGAACAAACAUGAAGGCAUUCCAACACCAGUUAUAAAUUGUGAUGUUUGUGGUUUACGUUUGAUUAGUGAAAGGAGCCUAAAGUUGCACAAAGAAUCGCAACAUCCAGUGGGUGGUAAACAGGACCAUCCCUGUCCUAUAUGUCACAAAAUAUCACCCACAGCUAGGGCCCUUAAGAAACACAUUAAUACUAUGCAUGAAAGGGGCUGUGAUCAUAAAUGCACUAUGUGUGGAAAAGCUUUUCGUAGGCCAGAAACUCUUAAGGAACAUAUAGCUUCACAACAUACGGGCGCAACAUUAUAUACAUGUCCCUGGUGUCCAAAGACAUUCAAUUCGAAUGGUAAUAUGCAUGCUCAUCGUAAAAAUGUCCAUCCCAAAGAAUGUUUAGAGUUAAAGUUACAAAGAUAUUCAAGAAAUAUACCGCCAGAAAUAAGUUAAUC